GUGACAGUGACACUAAGUGAUGAAUACAGAGACAUGAAAAACUGAAAAAUCUGUUCCAGAAUGUGCAGGGCAAGCACAGAGACCAAUGGGGUACAAGCCAGGGGCUUAUAUUAAACCUGGGACAGUAGGCAUAGCAGUCUAAAGAGAAUGCCAAGGAGCAAACUGGACAAAUCUCAGGCAGAAGUGUGACACUGGACUGUGCGCAAGAUGAGAGAAAAUGAUGUAACACUUGAUCGCAAAACACACAAAAAAAAGUCUCAAGCAGAGAAGAUUGGGACUUACAGGCAGGACGAAUACUAGUUGAUAAUUUUAUUUUAAAAAAAUAAUUCAAAAGUUUGGAUUUAAGAAUUAGUUUGGAUUUUGGAAUUCCGGAUUUGGGAUUUGUGCCUGUAUCAGACUCAUUCACCUGCAUUAGUGCUGGUAAAACCACUGUACUUAGAGUUUCACUGCCAUCGGCUCAAGCUACAAAGACGAAGACACAGGCGAUCUAUGACACAUAAGCUGGCGGGAUGUUUGCUCAAUUUGUUAACAGAAUAAGCUCUUGGGGGACUGACUCUUCACAGCUGGAUGAUGAGACCUCAGAUCUGUUACAACAGAAGAGAUUGCAAGAGCUGCCUCUUCUUCAGGCUGCCAAAGACAAUGAUGUUCAGAGGCUCAUUGAAAUUCUGGCAGAUGACAAGUGUGACCCAUUACAGAGAGACAGAAACGACACAAACAGCUGAUGUAUCAUUAGGGGCCAUGGGAGAGACAGCGCUGCAUGUGUCUGUGAAUAGUGAAAACCUGGAGGCAGCAGAGGUCUUGUUAGAGGCAGCUCCUGAGCUUGUGAACCAGCCCAUGACAUCCAGACGUUAUAUGGGUCAGACUGCUCUGCACAUUGCAGUUGUCAAUCAGAACAUAAAUCUUGUGCGAUUGCUAAUACAGAAAGGAGCUGAUGUUUCUUCACCUCGUGCUACAGGGACCUUUUUUGCACUAAGUCCCAAAAAUAUUUUUUAUUUUGGUGAACUUAUUCUGAGCUUUGCAGCCUGUGUAGGAAACACUGACAUCACCAAGUUACUUAUUGAGCAUGGGGCAGACCUGAGGGCACAGGACAGUUGGGGCAACACAGUACUGCACAUACUUGUUCUUCAACCCAAUAAAAGCCUAUCUUGCCAUAUGUAUGAGUUCCUGCUGACCUUGGAUAAUGAGGGGCAACUGAAAGAGAUUCCAAAUGAACAGGGUCUUACUCCACUAAAACUGGCUGCUACUGAGGGAAAUGUUAUGAUGUUCAAACACUUAAUACAGAAAAAGAAGAAAUGCCAUUGGGGCUUUGAACCUGCUAGCGCCAUAUCGUAUGACACCUCAGAAACUGACUCUUGGGAAAAUGAACAGUCUGUGCUUGAGCUUAUUGCCUAUUCAAAGAAGCAGCAGGCUCGUCAAAUAUUAAAUUUACCCCCAGUCCGAGAUCUACUAUUACAGAAGUGGCAGAAAAAUGGACGCCCAUAUUUCCUGUUCUUUGCUAUAGUGUACGUGCUAUACAUGGUCUGUGUGUCCUUGUGCUGUGCCAAUAGACCUCUUAAACCUCAAAAACACAACUCUACAAACCCCAGAGACAUCACUCUAUAUGUACAAAAAUCACUAAAGGAAUCAUAUGAAUCUUACGAGGACUUUCUUCGGCUUGUUGGGGAAAUCAUAUCUGUGCUUGGGGCGAUUACACUUUUACUGGUGGAGGUCUUUCAGAUGUUAAGUGCCGGUUUUAAGCAUUUUAUUAGCUUUAAGAUCUGGGAGCACCCGUUCCACAUGGUCAGUGUCUCCUUCUCCUGCGCGGUCCUUGUUACCCUAGUAAUGCGACUCACUGGGGCUCACGGAGAGGUGAUACCCAUGUCUAUGGCAUUAGUGCUUGGCUGGUGCUAUAUUAUGUAUUUUGCCAGAGGUUUCCAGAUGCUUGGACCCUUUACAAUCAUGAUACAAAAGAUGGCAGCAAGUGAUCUCCUGAAGUUCUUUUGGCUGAUGGCUGUGGUUCUCUGCGGAUACAGCACAGCUUUCUAUGUUAUUUUUCAGACAAAAGAUCCUGAUGCCCUUGGGGCUUUUUACUCCUACCCUAUGUCUCUGCUCAGCACAUAUCAGCUUUUCCUCAAUGUUCUCAAUGGACCAGCUAACUACACAGUGGACGUCCCUGAGAUGUACUCCCCUCUCUAUGCCUCGUUCUGUGUCAUUGCAUUUCUUCUCAUGUUUAACCUACUCAUUGCCAUGAUGGGAGACACACAAGCAGCUAUGGCCAAGAAAAAAGAUGAGCUAUGGAGGGCACAGAUUACAGGUACCACAGUAAUGUUGGAGAACAAAAUUGCAAAGAGUUUCUCAUUAUGUUCAAGUCGCCAUAAAAAAGAAAUAAAUCUAGGGCAAAAACCUAGCAUGGAGGAGAGGGUGCACUGUGCCCAGUGGCUAGGUGGGAGUGAGUCUGAUGAAGAUUCUGACUUGGAUCUUCUGGAAGACAAGGAAACAGCUUGUUCUGACUGCAGAUCUAUCAAAAAUAGUCUUCACAUCCCAGGAUCAAGUACUGAAAAUAUAAAAAACAAAGGACAGAGACACAGCCAUAUAGAAGAGGAGGAACUAUACCACCUUUAAUUUCCACCAAUUAAUUAUUAAAUGCAUGCUCACACAUCAGCUGAUCAAAAAGUAUCAUUUAAUUUACCAACUCUCUUAAUAAAGUAUUCAACCUUCUA